GUGGCGCUUGGAGCGACAAAAAACCCGGAAGCACCGAAGAAGCGGCAGCAGCAGCAGUAGCGGUGUAGACAAGAUGGCGGACAGCAGAGAGAAAGGGCUACAGGAUUACAGGAAGAAAUUACUGGAACAUAAAGAGAUCGACGGGCGGCUGAAGGAGUUGAGAGAGCAGCUGAAGGAGCUGACCAAGCAGUAUGAGAAAUCUGAGAAUGACCUGAAAGCGCUGCAGAGUGUCGGACAGAUUGUAGGUGAGGUGUUGAAGCAGCUGACAGAGGAAAAGUUUAUUGUUAAAGCCACUAAUGGGCCACGCUACGUGGUGGGCUGCAGGAGACAGCUGGAUAAGACAAAGCUGAAGCCUGGAACCCGAGUGGCGCUGGAUAUGACCACCCUCACCAUCAUGAGGUAUUUGCCACGUGAGGUGGACCCAUUGGUAUAUAACAUGUCUCAUGAGGAUCCAGGAAUUGUGUCUUACUCUGAGAUUGGAGGAUUAUCAGAACAGAUCAGAGAGCUCAGAGAGGUGAUUGAGCUGCCUCUGACAAACCCUGAGCUGUUCCAGCGUGUGGGCAUCAUCCCUCCUAAAGGCUGCCUGCUGUAUGGACCACCAGGCACUGGGAAAACCCUGCUAGCGAGAGCUGUGGCCAGUCAGCUGGACUGCAACUUCCUCAAGGUGGUGUCGAGCUCCAUCGUGGAUAAGUAUAUCGGUGAAAGCGCUCGGCUGAUCAGAGAGAUGUUUAAUUACGCUCGAGAUCAUCAGCCCUGCAUCAUCUUCAUGGACGAGAUCGACGCCAUCGGUGGACGGCGUUUCUCUGAGGGAACUUCAGCAGAUCGUGAGAUCCAGAGAACCCUGAUGGAGCUGCUGAAUCAGAUGGACGGGUUUGACACUCUGCACCGUGUGAAGAUGAUCAUGGCUACUAAUCGUCCUGACACACUGGACCCGGCUCUGCUCCGGCCCGGGAGACUCGACAGGAAGAUCCAUAUCGAGUUGCCCAAUGAGCAGGCUCGUCUGGACAUCCUGAAGAUCCACUCAGGUCCCAUCACUAAACACGGAGACAUCGAUUACGAGGCGAUUGUGAAACUGUCAGACGGAUUUAACGGAGCUGAUCUGCGUAACGUCUGCACUGAAGCUGGGAUGUUUGCUAUCCGUGCUGAUCGGGAUUUUGUCACUCAGGAGGACUUUAUGAAGGCAGUGAGGAAAGUCGCAGACUCUAAAAAGCUUGAAUCCAAACUGGAUUAUAAACCUGUUUAAAACCUCAGCUCUGACACACACACACACACACACACACACACACACACGGUGACAGAGCUGAGUAAAUGUUUAUUUUGUUUCUUUUUGUUAUGUUUAGUAUAAUGCGGCGAGUUCAGAUUUAAACACGUGUGUAAAACCACCACCCUUCAGAAGGCUGCUUCCUUAGUGUGUGUGUGUGUGUGUGUGUGCGUGCGCGCGCCUUCUUAGGCUCUUUAGUUUUGUGUUUAUUAGGACGCAGCAGUGUUUCUGAACACACUCUUGUGAUGUCAGCGCUGAUUUUGUUUAAUCUGAAAUAAAUAAUUACACAUUGUUCAUCACCUCAUUAAAGUUUCGUACUGAA